AUGGGCGCCGCCCAUGACGCCCUCGCCUGCCAUGGCGCCGCCGCCUAUAGGUCCCUUGAUGGCAUCGCCCAUGAUCUCCUUGCCAAAGCCUCUCCUCAUUUCAGCCCUUGUGCUCCUUGGGCACCUCUUACAGUGGGGCCAACACCUUGGGCGCUGCCUCUAGUGCCUCCCUCCUCGGGCUCUUUGGCUGCCCUCUCCAUUAAGGUCCUACCAUUUAUAGCCGAGCACCCAACAUCAUGCUCCACUCCUCAACUACCGCCAGCCGAGGCCUUAUCUCCAACUCCUUAG